UUUUGAAAGCCAGUGGUUGGCUCACUCUCCGGACAUGAUGUGGUUGUGGCUGUGGCUGUGAUGGAAAUUCCUCUCUGUAGCUAUGGUACACUGAGUUUUCUGCCGGUACCGAAUGCAUUAACGUAAUAUGUUUGCAGCCGAGUGGUGAGCCGCCGGAGGCUUGUAGUGUGCUCCUGACAGCCAGGGAGGAGGAUUUUUGCAGAGAGUGUUGCAGGUGCUAAAAGCCACCCAGCCCCCUGGGCUCCGGGCCUUUUCAUGAAGAGCUAAAGAGGGGCUCUGCCAGCAACAUCAGUAGAUUUCCAGGGUCACAGGCCCAUGGUGAACAGAGGCCGGCCGGUGGGAAUGCAGUCGCCGGAGGCCGCAGGGCGGAAGCGAGGGCGGCCCGGGAAGACGUCUAGAUGCAGCCUGUUCUCAACCCCAGCGGGGAACAUACCAGAUGCAACCACCACCAAAAGAAGAGGGAGGAAACCGGGCUACAAGCUGAAGUCUCGCGUUCUAAUGACCCCCCUGGCCACCUCACCUCCGCGAGGUCCCCGGGAGCCAGGGGUCGGCUCGGCCCUGCCCGGCGCAGCCACGGUGUCCGGCUCCUCCGCCCUGCAGACUCUCAAAGUUUGCAUCUUCAUCAACAAGCAGGCCGGCUCCGGGCCGUAUCUGCAGCGACGGAGAGUGCAGCGGCUUCCGGCCCACUUUGGGCCUGCGCGGCCGGCAGCGGCACUGCAACAGGUGGUGCAGGCCUGCAUCGAUUGCGCCCGCCGGCAGAAAACUGUCUUCUCCCUGGUCACGCAGGGCUACGGCCGAGAGCUCGUGUCAGUCUCGGCCUCCUUCGAUGGGCAGCAGCAUCACCUGAGCCUGCCGGUGGUCAACAGCCCGGGCUAUGUCCUUCGCUUCCUCCAGCAGCUGUGCCGGAGCUUGCUGUGUGACGACCUGUUCAGCAGCCGGCCCCUUCCUCAGCCCGGUGGCGCAGCCGGCCCCCUGGGGGAGCGUGAUGCCAGAGGAAUGGAGGCUGCAGAAACACCUCUCUCUGGUGAGCUGGAGAAUCCGAUGAGCGUGACGCGCUUCCAUGGGGAUCCCGCUGGCUCAGCUUCAGGCUGCUUGGGCUCCUCCCCAUCGUACUUCUUGCCCGGCCGCCUCAGGGGAGGGGUCACUAACCACUCUGGGGCUCCUGCCUCCUUCUCAUCCUCUUCCUCCAGAGCAUCAGUGACCACGAAGAAGCAUCUCACAUCCAGUCCCAUGAAAAAAGGAACUUUUCUCAAAGAAAAUCGAAGGGCUGCAAGCCCUUCUCCAGACUGGCAGCCGGCAGCUGGGCCUUGGGGCAGGAGCCCUUCUGCCUGGACGGUGGACGACGUGGUCUGCUUUGUGGAGGGUGUAGAUCCUCGGGCAUUUGGACCCCAUGCGGCGCUCUUCAGAAAACACGAAAUCGACGGGAGCGCCCUCCUCCUCCUCAAGAGCGAUAUGGUUAUGAAAUACUUGGGGCUGAAGCUGGGGCCCGCCUUGAAACUGUGUUAUCACAUCGACAAACUGAAGCAGACCAAGUUCUGAGCCCCCUGAAGUGGGGUCCCCUCCCACCUGGCCCGAGGGCGGAGACCCCAGGGGACCAGGCCCAGAAUCGCCGAGUCUCCGCCAGCAUCCCCCCCGGCCCACUGGGCAGUGAUGCCUUCAAACUUGGUCAUCUUGGAGCCCAAAGCCACCCCCUGUCUUUGGGUCCCAUGGCCCCUUUGGCUAUAACGCCAGUCAGUGCUGUCCGGGCCCAGGACUACCUGGACAGAGGGUGGGGAUGGGGCCAGUGUAGACCGAUGCCUAAGUGACCUCAGGCCUCGGCGAAAGGGGGAGGCCUGAAAAAAUGCCACCUCUUCUCCCCCGUUUUGUCCCUUUCCCCCACUCCACCAUUGCAGGCGGGGGGCAAAGGGUCGAUCGUUGUCCCGCCCGUGGCCAAGCAUCCAUCACUCACCAACCCAAUCCCAGUCCCGCGGGCGCAACACCCUUUGGUGGCAGAGAGAUGCACUUUCCCACCCAAGGGGUCGACAGAAGUGCGUUUCCCUGGAUAUCUGCGCUGACACAGAUGCGGCCUCUUCUCCACCUUAGCUGUUCAACUUCGGGCAAGGCCGACUCUCAAAGCCAGAAUUCUAAUGUGCAUCUUCAAAUGGUUGUUGGUACAGAGAAGAACCCAGAAAGAGAAUCCCUCCCUCCGUGCCACUUUUUCAAUGAACUAACAGAGAGAAAGAGUGUGUGCCCGUGGCCCUUUUACAUACAUCUGUGGUAUACUUUAAAAGUAGAGACGUUUCUAUUGCGUCAGUAAUUUUUAAUAUGUUCUGAGUCAGUAUUCCCUUGUGGAGUCAUUUUCAGUAAAGGAUCUUGUAACUUG